CGUAACCCUAUUUUCCAGUCAGAACAUCGGGGGACCGAAAUUACGAUGGAAACUUGCAGAUUUGGAGAACAAUCCAGCUCCGAUGACUCUGUGAAGAACAAGAGUGAAGAAGAGCAGCAGCUGCUGGUGAUUAAAGAAGAGGUUCCUGAUGUGUCCAGUUCCAGUUUGUACCAGCAGAACCUCACAUGUUUACAGGUGAAGAAGGAAGAGGAGGAGGAACAGUGGAUCAGUCAGGAAGUAGAGCAGCUUAAUGUGAAGAAAGAAGAAGAAGAGAAACCUCAGUUGCCAGAAGUUCAUCACAUCAAAAGUGAAGACAGCAGGGAGACAGAAGCUCCAACCAGCAGCUCAGCUGAACAGAUGAAAACAGAACCUGAUGGAGAGAUCAGUGGAGGACCAGAACCCAACAGAGAACCAGAUCCAAGUACUAAUUUACAGCCAAAUAUUGAAAAUAGGCAUUCAGUCUCUUCUGAGACUGAAGUCAGUGAUGAGAAUGAUGAUGACAAUCUAUCAGGUUUUGGAUCUGAAAAUGAAGACAGUGAUGAAGAUUGGGAAACGCAGAACACGUCAGUCAGGUGUAAAGAGUAAAGCGGGACGUAAAGCUGCCAAGAAGGCCUUCAGCUGUCCUGACUGCGGUAAACAGUUUGUGAGGAAGCAGAUGUUCCAGAAACACGUAGCAGGUCAUUCAGGAGAAACAUCUUCCAGCUGUUCAGUUGAGAAGAAUCACUCUAAAAGGAAGCGGAAUAGGGAUUCACAGACGAGACUCAAGCCACGAAGAAAAUCCUUUUCUUGUGAUGAGUGUGGUGAAACCUUUCAGUGGCUUUAUAAACUUAAAAAUCAUAUGAGAAUCCAUCGUGGUGAAAACCUCGUUGUUUGUAAAGACUGUGGUAAAGGCUAACAUUUUAAAUAUCAUCUGAAACUCCACACAGGAGAAAGACCCUUUGCCUGCGAUCAAUGUGGCAAAACGUUUAUCCAGAAGUAUAGCCUUAGAGUUCACAUGACAAGCCAUACCGGAGAGAAACCAUUUCAGUGUGAGCUAUGUCAUAAAAAGUUUACCUCAAAUGGAGGUCUGAAGAAUCACAUGACCAUCCAUAAAGGAAUAAAACCAUUUGCAUGCGGCGACUGUGGCAGGUGCUUCAGACUUAAGAGCGAUCUAAAAGGCCAUAUGAUAACCCACUUUGAUGUAAAACCAUUUGUCUGUGGGCUUUGUGGUGCCUGUUUUACCCAGAAACAAAGUCUGGUUUGGCAUGUUCGAUUUCACACCGGAGAGAAACUCCUGUCAUGUGAUAAAUGUGAUAAAAAGUUUGCUCGGAAGUCUGUCCUUCAAAGACAUAUCCUGGUCCAUGCGGGACUUGCGCGAAAGAAGAAACCAGCUUCUCAAAUCAAAAACUUUGCUUGUAAGGAAUGUGGAAAAACGUUUCUUGAGAAUUACCAAGUAAAACGACACAUGGUUAUUCACAUCGGAGAAAAACCAUUUAGCUGCAAUCUUUGUUCAAAGAAGUUUGCAGGAGCGGAAGGUGUAAAGAACCAUCAUAAAAGAAUUCACUGUCAAUAGAGAUUUCACACUGAAAAUUAGUUUGGAAACACUAUAAAACUUAUGCUACCCUGCAACCUUGGGUGGCUCAGAGUAAUGUAAUAGAAAAGAUCUUCCUCCAACAUGUGAUGCUGUGACACAGAGAAGAUGAGACACACGUUGAGUUCUCAUUAACGUCCAACGGAAGAUUUAUUCUUUUCGUGUGCUAACAUACUCCAUAUUCAGUACUUUAUAUCUUUUGUCCUUUUAAAUAAAAACAAAAGUACAUGAGUUUGUUUUCAAAUAUUUUAACAACUUUUCUUUUAGACAGAUAUGAUAUACUUUACUAUUUAAGCAUAAGCCUAGAAAGAUGAAGGCUAUUGAACCCGUUACAGAAUAACAAUAUUUUAUCUGUUACAAAAAGGAAAACGUCACUGAAAAAGGCGUAAUGCUCCUUUAAUGGCGCGUCUCGUUACUAACUUAAACAUUAAUGUCGUUGGUUCUUGACAAGAAAACGCAAUUUUACGGAAAAAGAAAUGAAAAUAGUGUAAUUUAUCUGCAAAUUGUUUCGAUACCUACAAAAUUCAACAGUUCAACGGAAAUUUAACAGUCUGUUAAACGUUUCUCCCCACAAUACUCCUCACAAACCGGACAUGACUCACUAGUCGACUUCCUAUUCAAUAACCUAUUCAACUCCCACAAGUCAUCUAUAUUCAUGCACCAAGAUACAUUUUAACUAACCUGUGACACAGAAAAGAUGAGACACACACGUUAAGUUCUCAUUAACAUCCAACGGAAGAUUUAUUCUUUUUGUGAGCUCAAUCUUUUCUAUGCUACCAAUGAAAUGCGCACCUAGUGGUCAUGUGGAGAAUUGCAUGGACUAACUGAAAUAAUGCUAAAUAACUUAUGAAAAAAUACAAAAUAAAAAAUUAUGUUUGGGUUCUAUAUUCUUACUUAUUGUCUUUAUUUACUAGUUACUUGUUUUUCACCCUUCUACACUUGCCAUAAAAAAAGUGAUCAACUUAUUGUUUCUGUAAACAGUCUGAAGGACAAAAUGUAACUAAAAUAUGUAAAAGAACUAAAUAAACUCCCCAAUUUUUAAAGUUGA